AGGGGCGGGAUUGCCAUGGAGUCGCACUUCCGGAUCAGAGCGGAAGUGGGAGGUGUGAAGAUGAGCGGGACGGAGUCGGUUCAGGAAUCUCCGAUCUCCGGAGCCCCGGCGCAGGCCGGAACCAACAGCAUCGUCCUCUCCCUGGAGAACAAGCCGAGUCCGGUCAGUAUCCCCAAACCGGCGCCGGGGAUCGGAUCCGUCCUCCCGGGAGAGAGGAGAGCCGGAGUUCCGGUUUCUGUCGCCGCCCCUCCUGAGAGCUCCUCCUCCCUCUCCAAUGGCGUGUACCUCCCCCCGGGGGUGACCAAUGGGGACAUAAAGCCAAUCAUCUCCAGCACUCCUCUGGUGGACUUCCUGAUGCAGCUGGAAGAUUACACGCCCACUAUCCCGGACGCAGUGACUGGAUAUUACCUGAACCGGGCGGGGUUUGAGGCCUCCGACCCUCGCAUCAUCCGACUGAUUUCAUUGGCUGCUCAGAAGUUCAUCUCUGACAUUGCGAAUGACGCUCUGCAGCACUGCAAGAUGAAGGGGACGGCGUCCGGGAGCUCCCGCAACAAGAGCAAGGAUAAGAAGUACACGCUCACCAUGGAGGACCUGAGCCCGGCGUUGGCGGAAUACGGAAUCAAUGUGAAGAAGCCGCAUUAUUUCACCUAGAGGGGGAGGGGCUUCCUGUGGACUGUGUUAUGUGGUACAGCCACCAUCCCCCGCUCUCUGUGUAUAGAAGUGUGUGUGUGUGACGGGAACCAAUCAGAGGGAUUCUGGGAAAUGUUUGAUCCAAAGACUUUAUCCCGCCAUCGUUGGAGAACGUUUCAGAUAAUCCGGAGGAGGGAGGAGCCAGAGAGUUCACCUCCCUUUUCAAGAGAACCCUUCCACUGUGGGAGGAGUCAGACAUCGCCCCUUUUUCUCACAUGGAAUGAAUGUGGACAGUUAAAUAAAUAUAUAAUUAUCUGGUG